AUGUCUGACGCUCAAGAAACCCACGUAGAACAACUACCAGAAUCCGUUGUCGGCGCUCCAGUCGAACAGCAACCCCAAGAACCACCACAAGCUCCACAGGAAUUAGCUUCGCAAGAACCACAGGCUCCACAGGCUCCACAAGCUCCACAAGCUCCACAGGCUCCACAGGUACCACAAGCUCCACAGGCACCACAAGAAUUAGCUCCCCAAGCUCCCCAAGCUCCCCAAGCUCCCCAAGCUCCACAGGCUCCACAGGAACAACAAGACGUCCCCCCUCCAUCCAACGCUCCCGUCUAUGAAAGUGAAGAACCACAAGGUGUCCAGGAUUACCAACAGGCUCACCAACACCAUCAACCACCUGAACCUCAACCAUACUAUCCUCCCCCUCCUCCAGGUGAGCACAUGCACGGUCGCCCACCAAUGCACCACCGUGAAGAAGGUGAACUAUCCAAUACUAGACUGUUCGUUAGACCCUUCCCAUUGGACGUUCAAGAAUCUGAAUUGAAUGAAAUCUUUGGUCCAUUUGGUCCAAUGAAGGAAGUAAAGAUUCUAAAUGGAUUUGCAUUUGUUGAAUUUGAAGAAUCUGAUUCCGCAGCCAAAGCCAUCGACGAAGUUAACGGAAAGAGUUUCGCCAACCAACCUUUGGAAGUAGUAUAUUCUAAACUACCUGCCAAGAGAUACCGUAUUACUAUGAAAAACCUACCAGAAGGUUGUUCAUGGCAAGAUCUUAAGGAUUUGGCCAGAGAAAAUAGUUUAGAAACUACCUUCUCCAGUGUCAACACCAGAGAUUUUGAUGGUACCGGCGCUUUGGAAUUCCCAAGCGAAGAAAUUUUGGCCGAAGCUUUGGAAAGAUUAAACAACAUCGAAUUCAGAGGCUCGGUCAUUACUGUCGAAAGAGAUGACAAUCCUCCUCCAAUCAGAAGAUCUAACAGAGGUGGCUUUAGAGGUCGUGGCGGUUUCAGAGGUGGUUUCAGAGGUGGAUUUAGAGGCGGCUUCUCUAGAGGCGGCUUUGGUGGCUCCAGAGGCGGUUACGACAGUCCAAGAGGUGGCUUUGGCGCCCCAAGAGGCGGCUACGGUGGCUAUUCUAGAGGUGGCUAUGGUGGCUACUCCAGAGGCGGUUACGGUGGUUCUAGAGGCGGUUACGACAGUCCAAGAGGUGGUUACGAUAGUCCAAGAGGUGGCUAUUCCAGAGGUGGCUACGGUGGUCCAAGAAAUGAUUACGGUCCUCCAAGGGGUAGCUACGGUGGUUCAAGAGGUGGUUAUGAUGGUCCAAGAGGCGAUUAUGGCCCCCCAAGAGAUGCGUACAGAACCAGAGAUGCUCCACGUGAAAGAUCUCCAACCAGGUAA